AUGUUUUUCUUUUAUUUGGCUCUUCAUUUCUCUCUUGAAGAAUGGAAACAGAACUCUCUCUCUCUCUCUCUCUCUCUCUCUCUCUGUCUAUUUCACAUUGAUUCACAUCUCUUUCUCUCUCUCUCUCUUUUAGUCUUUGUAUCAAUUUCCUUCUCAGCUCAGUCGAUUCACAUCUCUCUAAGACUAUUUAUUCAUUUCCUUCACAUCUAUCUGUCUCUUUUGAUUCACAUCUCUCCAUUUCCUUCACAUCUCUCUCAUUCUUUACUCUUUUUGUCUCUUCUCUUCUCCUCUUCCCUUCUUUUUCCUUUCCCCUUUCUCUCUCCCUUUUCCAUUUUUCUUGCUUAUCCCUUUGUCUUUAUUUUCUACCUUUUCUCUUUCUUGACUCCUUACUUUUUCUCUUUUUCUCACUAUUUUUCUACUUUCCCUUCUUUUUGUAUUGUCUGUUCUCCUGUGUUCUUUCUUUCCUUUCUCACUUUUCUUUAUUCUCUACUCUUUCUUUUUGUACUUACCUUUCUUUUCACUUACGUUUUUUUUCUUUACUCUCCUCUCUUUUCUUACUUUUAUUUAAUCUCUUUUCUUUUCACUUGCUCUCUCUCUCUCCAUUUUACUUACUGCCUGUUCUUGUUUUCUCAAGAAAAAGAAAAUCCCCUCCACCCACUAUUUAUUCUUUUGUCUUUCUUUCUCCAUACAUUUUGCUUUCUCUCAUUUUUUCUUUCUCACUUGCCUUUUCUCCCCAUUUAUUGUUCUAUCUCUUUUUUUUCUUUUAAUAUUAUUUGCUUUCUUUCUUUUUUUUCUAAUACACUGCCCCUCUUUAUAAGUAAUCUUUCUUUCUUUCCCCUAUUUAUUCUUUACUUUCUUUUCUUUCUAACACACAGCUCUUCUUUAUAA